AACAACGUGGCUCCUCAACCUGCCCCGGUUGAGGAGAUGACUCCCGACCAACAAGUCUAUGCCCUCCUCACUUCAAGCCGCGUCAAGAAUUGGAAGGAUCCAAAUCCUGUCGAUCCAGCUAACCCCAAGACGCGUCGUCGCCACGAUUAUGCCGACCCCAAUCUGCAGCGCGCGAUCGACAUGUGCGAGGAGAUUGCCGAGCAGUUGAAGGGCAAACCAUUCCCUCCCGCCGAACCGCCCGAGUGGAUGAAGCACGACAAGGACAGGGUCGCGGAAUGGUGGCACGGCUACAACAAAGACAAGCAGCGUGCUGAACAAGUUGCCCAGCGCCAGACGGCGAUGCAGAUGGCCCAACAACAGACAGCAUUCACCCAACCUCAGGCUGCCCCUCAGGCUGCCCAGACUGCGGCAGACCAGCAGAACGCGGCUGCUUGGGCGGCUUACUACGCCCAACUUCAGCAACAACAACACCAGCAGGCUCAACCUCAGGCCGCGACCGAUCCCAAUGCUGCUGCUUGGGCUUCUUAUUACGCCCAGCAGCAGCAGCAGCAGCAGCCGUUGCCAGCUCCUGCACAGCCCACGGGUGAUCAGAGUGCGCAGCUACAGGCUGUACUGGCAGCUUUGAGCGGCACUCCUGCCCAGGCCACCCAGGCCCAACAGCAGUCUGCUGCUGCCAACAGUGCCGCCGACCCCCAGAUUCAAGCACUGCUCGCGACCCUGGGUGCCACUACAAGCGUCCAGCAGCAGCCUACACAAGCCUACCAGCCGCACCCGCAGCCAGCUCAGUCCCAGGCCCCGAACCCUCAGGAUUCCAAAUACUUGGCCUACAUUCUGUCGCUAGCUUCUGGUCAUACAACAAUUCCAAGCCAGCAGCAGCAACAGCAACAGCAGGCUCAUCAGCAGCCUCCUAGCAUCGGUCAGCGACGCGAUGACAGCCACGACCGAGCUCGUGACCGUGACCGAGACUCUGAUCGGGACCGCGAGCCCGAGAGCCUCCACACCUCCCGCCGCACCCAAAACCGUGGCGGCAAGAACAACCGAGGGCACAUUUGGAACGAUCGGAGGGACUGGGUCGAUGAGAACUGCAGGCAUAGCAUAACGUGGACUUUCUUCGGCAUGACCCAAACAGCCAUGAUGGCGGCACACCCUCGAGCACGGGUGGGUAUUACUACGUAGGAAAGAUGGUGAAACAAGCCUCAAAUGAGGAUUUCGGUGCCAUCUGCGCUGGAGGAGCUUUCGAUUUUGCAGUGGUCCAUUGAGCAUUGUUUGUCGCUUCUGCGGAUACCCAACACAUGACAAAUGCAGUCACUCUACUUUGAAGGACGUCAUGAUGAGUAUCACUCGGAUUGCGAUUCAGGAUUCUUUGUACAUUACAUAUUCGCGAUCGGGAGAAAGAGGACACAUGGUUGCGAGUCCGACGUCUUCUGGGCUUUCAUUAUUUUCGCACUGCAUUGGGCAUGGGGGCACAUGGAAAAAAAGGAGAAAGGAGUUGCAUUUUGAGGUGGCGGGAUAAAGAGAGGGAGAAAAAAUAUAUCGGAGAACGGUGUUCACUAUUCCUUCAGACUGUCUUUUCUUUCUGAGGGCGUUUCGUGCUUGAAGACGAGCAUCCCGAGGUCUUGGGCAUCACAAGGAAGAGUGAGCGAGAAGCGUAGAAGGGAAGGAUGGAAGCUAUGAACUGCUCAAUGGGAAUAAUGGAAUGGAACACAAAUCAUGACGGAGAGCAAGAUAGCCACCGGGGCUAUAUGGGCUAGGGUGGUGUGUAGUGUACAAUGAAAAUGAAAGCAUUCCUCAUGUUUCG